CAUCGCUAGAACACUGUCACUUAAAUACAUCUAUAUCCUUCUCAGGAUUUUGCAGCGGCUGUUCCCUGAUGUCACUCAAUUUUCAGAUCUUACUCGUGGUGUUGGUUGGUUUUACUGGGAAAAGUAGCCAGCAGGUAGUGAUCAAUAUAGAUGAUAUAGUAGGUCAAGGAGUACUUGGAAACAUCGAUGAAGUCGUUUUAAUCAAUGAAGGAAGUGUUUCCAGUUCACAAACAAACACGUGUGACGGUACUUUUCUUGGAGGAGUUUUAUUAGGACGAUUAUUGGCACCAAUGGCUAUGGCGGACGGAUCAACGAUGACGCCCCUUAUGAGCAUGUUGACGACCCUUAUGAGCAUGUUGACAGGAGUGCCACAGACUCCUGUACCAAUGGUAUGCCCACCCCAAUCAACCACCACGCCUUGUCCGUCAACACCGCCUCAAAGAACCGUCAACCGUGUUAUACUGUGCGAAGGAGAUGUGCCGGCCUUUAUCAGUUGCGAUUCACAAAUAAAUAUAGUAGGAGCUGUAUACGGACGAGUAGACCCCAGUAUUUGUCCAGAUCCCAGAAUAUCGACAACAAGCUGUAUCUCAACUACGUCAGAUGCUCUAGUUAAAACAGAUUGCAAUGGACAAACUAUUUGUCAAUUAAUUGCUAAUAAUGGUAAAUUUGGUGACCCCUGUCCAGGCGGAAGUAUCAUUAUGACGAAAAAGAUAAUGACACGCCGGACAAUGAAUAGGAAGACAGCAGAUCUAAAUGAAGAAAACAUUGACUUUCUUCGAAGAUCAAUAAACGAAAAUGGCGUAACAAGCCGAGAAAGUACAGACGACGAUAGAGAUUCUGGCAAACCAUAA